AUGUCCGAUUUUCUCAGUCUAGCCAAUCAGAGGCAGUCCACAAACUCUCAACAAUGCAUUUCGUUUGCUCAUCGCUGCCAAAAGACGUUACACCUUUGUUGGCAAGGAGUGUUUUUGUUCUUUUAUAAAGGCUUCUCAUUUCAUCGCAUUUUCUUUGAGCCAGGAGGAAGCACUGAUAAGCAAGGUACUGCAAACAUGUAAAUUUAACUUAAAAACAACACUGAUAAGCUUGCUUUUAUUAUGCAUAGGACAGGUCAGAGAACGCUGUGAGAUUCGUGCUAUGCAAACGCAUUUUAGUUUCAGGACACGCCUUUUUUGCGCAGCUCAAAAAUUUCAACAUGCGAGAAGUUUCUAACGUGGCUGAGUUAUACCGUUCUUUGAAAAAAAUCUCUCAGUAACUUGAAAUCAGAAAGGAUUGAAAAGCGGGAUGGAUUGUUUUUUAUUAGUUGCGCUACGCCUCUCCCGCGGGAACAAAACAGAUUCGUUCAGCACUCGCUCGUCUUAUCAUACCUUCUGCAGGGUAGCUUACUUUGGGGUGCUUUUUACUACAUUAGAAGAAUGAAUACCUUCACUUGUAAAAAGCUUGAUGACAUGAGUAAUUAAGUUAUUUGUUUUACAACGCCUACGCAGUUACUGAGCCAAGGGGGAUGGAAAAGGCCUCUGGGCACUCAGCCUAUAUUGGCUGCUGUUUGACCCUCACUUGACUCUUCACUGUUGUGUUUAUUCUGCUUUUGUUUUUCACGUGCUGUGAAAUUUAAGAAAAAAAAAAAGAAGGAAAGAAACCAGUUUUGUCUAAUUUUGCAGCCGUCAUGAGCCACGUUUUUCAGCAACAUAUUAACUGAAGAGUUGUCGCCCAGCAAAACAAAGUUACGUUGUAAUAAUCAGCAUCCAGACGUACUGAGUAUAGCAAGAUCAAUGUUCACACAGCUAAAACUGUGGAAACAAAUAUUAUGGCUAAUUCGGAAAGGUUUGUUUUCAAAAAUCUUUGAUCAUACAAAAAAUAUUUUGUUCGUUUCUUAUUUAACAACGAUAUACUAGCAGGUCUUUAUUGAUCUCUAAUUCCGCCAACGGUUUCUUUCCUCGGGUCAGUAAAAAAGAAAAAUUGGUUUGCCAGUAUCAGAUAGCCAGUGGACUAUAACGUAUGUGCAACUAUCGGGUCGCUUAACAGCUAACUAGAACUUUCCAGACAAAAAUCUUUAAUAUAAACAUAAUCAUAUCCAGAUAACUAUAAUUGAUAUCUAAUAACAAAUUAACACCGGUAACUGCAAAGGAAAAGGUAAUGAUAGCAAUGUUUUUGUAAAAAAGGGAAGAAAUUAAACGAAAAAAAAACAAAAAAACAACUCAGAAAUGGAGCUUUGUAUCGCAUGAAACAUUGCUGUCACGAUCCUAAUCAAAAAAUUCGAAAAAAAUUGGCCACAGAUAAACAAAAAAAAGAAUAUGAAUUUAUUAUGGAAUAGUUAAAUUAUUAUAGAACAAAUAUAUAAGUUGCAUGUCAACGUUUUAUUGGUUUGAAUGAAAGGGAAAAUAUAUAUGAUAUUUUUGACGUUUAGCAGCUGGUCCAAGAGGGUAAAAUAUUAUUAGAUUCUUAGACGCCAAAUUUGACAUAAAACCCUGCAGGCCAUGAUCUUGGAGAAACAGGAUGAAAGUCAGAACAAUGAAUCUUACCUGUUUUACCUGUUUAAGCUACGGACCAUUAGAAAAGUGAAAGGAGAAGGGAGGGUGGGGAGGUUCGAGGGGGUAUAGAAAGUUCAGUUUUCACGAAUUAUUUUGCCACCCGGCUCUUCCACAUGCAUAACUAUUUUUGAGACGAUCAAAUCCAUCGCGCUCAUCAAUUCCUAGAUUUCUAGCCUUCCCACAUUGUUAAAAUUCAGGAAUUGUACACAUACUGUACAUACGGUACUGUGGAAGUAGUUUUUACAUGCAGAUACAUGUGAUCCUAAAUAAUAAGACACUGGGAUAUCAGCAAUGUUCUCGAUAAGCAGCGACUGGCUAUGAAAAAAAGGCAGUGGUACAUGUGUAACAUGGAGACGUAAAACUGAAAUUAAUAUUAUCGGAAAAGCAAUUUCCAACAUUCUUGGCAUGAAAUAGAACAGCUUACAUUAAGCUAUUUUUUUUCACUGAAGAGUUAAAACGACGUGCAUUUUUCUGCAAUGCUGCUCUUUCUUUACAAUGAAAGUUACUUGUCAAACUAUUUGCUCCUUUCUGAAACCAUAGCUGUAAUUGUACUACGAGUUUUGUAGUAAUAAUUAUAAAAAUAAUAAAAAUAGUCACUUUUAAUUAAAUUAUCAUCAUUAUUAUCUUUAUAAUCAUUAAGAAUUAUUAUAUUCUAUCAUUGUUAUUGUUCGCUUUGUAGGAUCUAAGCGCAAGAUGUCAGGGUCAGGAUCAGGAACGGAAGAAUCGUCAGGGAUGGGGAAUGACACUGAAGUGGAUGAGCGAUACAUUGUAGAAGACGAUGAGCCCGAUAAAACCGCAAAGAUGAUCAUGAUUGGCCUCUACGUCAUUAUCUUCUUGUUCUCCUUGGUUGGCAACUCCCUCAUCAUUCAUCUUGUCCGCACCCGUAAGAGUAUUCGCAAGAAUCAGUUCUACUGGCUCAUUGUCAACACAGCUGUGGCUGAUCUCGUUGAUGUGUUCGCAGCUUCCGCCGUUUCCAUUUUGCUCUUUGGAUUUGGAGAUCAACCAGGAGUAUUUGGAACAGUGUUAUGCAAAGGCUUACCAUAUGUGUUGGUUGUCUCCAUUUGUGCUGCUAUCUGGACGCUCACAGUCAUUGCUGUUGACCGAUACCUGGUUAUUGUAUGUCUCCGAAGACGCGCCCUGUCAUCCCGGUCAGUGUUGCGUUCCAUUAUUAUAGUUUGGCUCUGUGCUGCAUUAGUAUCCAGUGUGUACCUGUACAAAUACAAGACAGAAAUGGAUGAAGAUGGAACUGUACAAAUCUGUUAUGAACAGUGGCAUAAAAAUGAGGAGAUGGACAACACUUUUUUCAAAGCGGAAGUGAUUUUGAAAGUUGUCCUUACCUAUGCAGUUCCACUCGUCGCAAUGGCAAUCUUGUAUUUUCUGAUUGCCAGGUUCCUGUGGAGGCGCAAGCCACCAGUCAGUGUCAAUCAACAAGCUUACAAUAAUCAGAUCAGGAAACGUCAGACCGUCAUCAAGAUGUUGAUUACAGUUGUCACCGUUUUUGCGGUCUGUUGGUUUCCUGUGCACGUCAGUCACAUAAUGCCUGAGUUUUACCAAGACGAAUACUCCGAUAUUCCAGAGGUUCUCAAAUGGCUGUUCUUCUGGCUUGCGCAUGCCAAUGCUGCAAUUCAUCCCUGGCUGUUCAUUGCAUUCAGUGAGCAUCUCAGAGAAGGAACGAAGGAGAUAUAUCGAAAUAUGUGGAAACGAAACAAACUGAGGCUGCGUAGUCGUAGUGGGUCUACUCCAAGUUUGGCUACUACCGAGGAUCCUCUGUCCAGGUCUCCCACGCCAAAGAGCAAUGGAUACACGGCGGAACAAAAUGCUUGAAAACGCAGCAUGUUUGACGCGAUAUUGUAGAUGUAAAGGGUCAUUGAAGGCGAGUCUAUUCAAUGUAGAUUCGUCAUUGGUACAAGCAUUGCUACUAGUCAGUGGCGUAGGACUCAUAAAGAGUGACUGCUUUAGCAUACCGCCAUGCCAAAAGAUUGUUGACUGCAAGUCCCUAGUUAUAAGUUACUUGCUUAGCUACAUCACGAUUUAGGGCGUAGAAUAGAUUCUGUUGAGACUUCAAAGAUGUAUUUCUCUACCCGUAGACAAAGGUCAAAUAAACCAAGCCGCGGCAACAUGA